AUGAAACACAGACUGAGGCUGGCAGUGACACUCCAGCCUGAUGUCCCUGCCAUUUAGAUCGAGAAAUGGGUAGACGACGACCAAGCAUAAUGGAGUCGAGUGUCCGUUGAUACCAUGAAUGACAGGUAUCACAAAGCGGCCCGGGAUGGCUAUCUGGACCUGCUGAAAGAGGCUACCAGGAAGGACUUGAACGCUCCCGACGAAGAUGGCAUGACACCGACUUUAUGGGCGGCUUAUCAUGGCAACUUGGAGGCGUUACGACUUAUCGUUAGCAGAGGAGGCAACCCCGAUAAAUGUGACAUAUGGGGGAACACACCCCUCCACCUGGCGGCGGCCAACGGCCACCACAACUGCCUGUCCUUCCUGGUGUCAUUCGGUGCCAAUGUUUGGUGUCUGGACAAUGACUACCACACGCCACUUGACAUGGCCGCCACGAAGAACCACAUGGACUGCGUUCGCUAUCUGGACUCCAUAGCCGCCAAGCAGUCAGCGCUAAAUCCCAAACUAGUAAACAAGCUGAAGGAGCGGGCCUUCCACGAGGCGGAGAGGAGGAUUAAGGAGUGCGUGAAGCUGCAACGGAAGCACCACAAGCGCAUGGAGCGAAGGUUUCACAAAGAAGCUGCAUUGGAGCAGUCUGUUUCGGAUGCCAUGAGCUUCUCCAGCUUCACCGGCAGCUCUGUGAGCCGCAAGUUGCACCAGUUCAGCCCCACCUCUGUCAGUGUGCCAUACUCUCAGGCUACUCUUCACGCCACAACCCGUGGGAAAACCAAGAUUCAGAAAAGGCUGGAGAAGAAGAAGCAAGGCGACGGGACCUUCAAGAUCUACGAGGACGGCCGGAAGAGUGUGCGUUCCCUCUCAGGCCUCCAGCUGGGCAACGAUGUCAUGUUUGUCAAACAAGGCACCAACGUAGUCCCUCGGGACCGGGCCGGGCGCCGCGGCAACCUCCGAGACAUAUUCCACGGAGGCACCGACGACGACGAUGCCGUCUCGCGCGCCACCAGCGAGCCGGACCUGAGUUUUCGGCCGGACUUGGAAUACUCUGAAAUCAGCACCGACUCGGGCCACGACUCCCUCUUCAACCGCCCCGGCCUGGGCACCAUGGUGUUCCGACGGAACUACGUCAGCGGUGGCUUGUUUGGCAUCGGCGAGCGCAACGAGGGGAGCCCCGGCGGAGGAACUGGACGGAGCGGCGGCGCCGACGCUCGUCUGCGCGGCGGACUGCACAGUUCGCCCAGCCUGGACGACGGGGACAGCAUUGGCAGCGCGCGGAGCCUUUUGGAAAGGAACCGAGAAGAUCUCCCUUGGGACGAGGUGGAGUUGGGGCUCGACGAUGACUACGAGCAAGAGAGCAGCCCAUUGGAGGUGUUCCUGGCCGCUCACAGCAUGGCCGAGUUCCUCACUGUUUUCAGGCGCGAGAAGAUUGACCUGGAUGCACUCCUGCUGUGCUCGGAUCGUGACCUCAAGAGCAUCCACAUCCCCCUAGGGCCCAGGAAGAAGAUCCUGGAUGCCUGCAAGAGACGUCUGGAGACCCUCGAGGACCCUGACUACAUUGAGGACAGCCUGUUGUGAAUGAGCAAUGCUUUUGGAAGAUACUGUGUAGGUACCGAAUUGCCACUGUGUAAUGUGGAGUUCACAGAAAGAGCAAACCUAACCUAGAGACAAGCUGUUAUUACUUAUGCCCUGGUUCUCUCCUAAUCAUAGUUAAAAGGGAAUUGUAGAUUUUUAGGAUUUUCGUUUGGUUGAUGCCUACAGUGGGAUCUUUUUGUGUCCUUAAAAUGUACUAUGCAAGAAGAAGAUGCAUAUAUUUUAUUUGACCACAGAUUAAAUUAGAUAUUAAUUUAGUGCACAGGGAUGAAAUUGAAGCUGCUUUCCAACAAUUAUUGAUGAUCUGUUGAAAUUAUGAUUGAUUUGUGGUAGAUUUGACAAAUCCAAACAAUAUUACAUUGUCCUGUCCAUAAUACUCUACGUUACUAGAGUAGCCUCACCCAAUCUGUCGAGUACUCGUGCCAAGACUGAACUGGGCACGUUUGCUAUUCAAUGCAACACUUUAUAUGACAAAAUAUUGUUGGAGUCAAAAAUGUGAUGGAAACAUAUUGAACAGUUGAUUUUGAAAAGAAUUAGGCAUAUAUUUUGGUUUCAUCACAGCACUGGUGGGAAAAGGCUCACAUUUUCUUCAUGCAGACUUUUGAAUACCUGAACUCCACAGAUAGGACAUUCCCAUUGUCCUGUAGUCCACUAGAUGGAGACACACUAUAGAUAAACGAGUAGAAUGAUUGUCCAACCGUCAGGGUUCCUUGAGUUUGAUGAACAAUCUUGCAGCUUUUGUGAACAGUAGAUAAAGAUGGCAGUACAUCUUUUGGGACAUUGAGAAGUAAACAGAAUAACUGCCUAGAUCUAACAAAUACAGUGUAUAUGGCCAGCAGUGUUCUUGUAUGCCAUGUGACAUUGUAUUGAGAGCAGAACAAGGGGACUGCCCUCCAACACCUCUAAGCCCAAUACAUUUGCCCCUGUGGGGCAUGUCCCAACAGCCCUGGUGCUUGUCCUCCUUGUGCCAGUGCAUUUAUCACUGAAUGCCUUUACCUAAAGACAUGAUUUCUACAUACAUGUGGUUAAUGUUUAUAUUAUUUGUAUUAAUCUAAUCAACAUAGGCUGGGUUUCAGUGCAAGGUGUGAUUAAGUGCAAUGCACUGCAAUGGUCUUUAAAUUAUUAUUUUCACAUGAGUUGGCACACACAGCAUUACCAUGAAUAAGAGUUCCACAAAUGUCAGGGAAAAUGUCUUCCGAGAAUGUGCAUUGUCAGCUGUAAAGUGUCAGCUGCUGUACGACUUGCAUUACAGUGAAUCCUGGCCAAAGUCUCAAAUCCAUAGUUAUGUAUAGAGGCAUACAUUAUUUCAUCUCUAUGGAGAUAACAGAGUGAAAUUUGGAGGGUGGGUUCAAGGCACGGCCUUUAGAUGUAUCUGUGCCUUACCAGUUGUCUGCUCUUAAAGCAUAUUUUGAAACCAUUGAUUGGUUUGGCCAGGGUCAUUCAGCUUACAUUAUUACAUUUUGUACCAGUACAUUUGUUUACACACAGUAUGUCAGGUCAGACCAGUUUUCGUUUGGUUCACUGAUAAAGGAGGCCAAUUUAUUUUUUCGUCAUUGUUACUGUUUGAGAAUGGUGAAUGAGUGGUUAAUUUAAUCAAAAUGUUAUUCAUACUACAAUAACAAUAUCUUGUUUGGAUAUACAUGUGUAAAAGUCACAAACACAAAUAAAUCAGCUCUGCUUUUACAACAGAGCAUUUGGACAAUAUAAAAUGUUUGGACUUAAUAUUGGCUGUACAAUUACACAUAGUUAUAAUAUCCCAAUGAUAUAAUAUAUUUUUGCUGAAGAUCUUGGAAAUGUGUUCAUAUUUCCGUCAAUAAAUCACUUGAUCAGA